UUAGGGAUUAGGAAAUGUGACAGUAACUGAGAGGAAGGGAGAAAGAUAGGGACAUGGUUUAAGUAGAAGGGGGAAAUACCUAAAGUGUAUGCACAGAAUAUACAGAAAGAAAUACAGCAUCAGAGAGAAAUAUGUUUGUUUAGUAAAAUAGAUAGGGAAUUAUAAAUAUGUUUGCAGAAUGACAGAGAAAGAGGGAGAAGGCAUAUAGGACUGUGGAGAGGAAUAGACAGCAAGCAAAUAGCAUUGGAAAAAACAAAAUUAAAACACCUAUGUGGGAAUUUUUAUUUAUUUAGAGAAAAGUUCAAACAUACGGUGAGAAAAGUGAUGGAAAAAGGAACUUAAAAUAACCUCAAGGCCUUGCACAAUCGUGCUGCUGUUCCUGUAAACACCUAGCUCCCUGUGCCCAGCACACCCUGUGCUGCAUGAGGUAGGGGCAUAAACACGACAGAUCGCUGCAUUUCUUCAGGAGUGCUGGAGGGACUGAGAGAUCUGGGGCUGUGUGCGACAUUCCUGCUGCUGUCUUCCGAUCUAAUGUUUGUUUGUGGUCAUGGAGUUAAACAGAUGCUCAGUUAUCCUCUACCUACUCGUUCUAUGGAAAGGCUUCAGUGACUCAUUCAAUGUCAAUGUCAAAGAAGCCAGAACCUUCAAAGGACCAAAGAAAGGUCAGUUUGGGUAUAAAGUUCAGCAACAGGAAGCAGAGGGUCAGAAAUGGUUGCUGGUCAGUGCCCCCUGGGAUGGCAAUGCGAAGAACAAGAAAGGUGACAUUUAUCGAUGCAAUGUGUCCAAUAGAAAGAGCACAAACUGCUUGAAAUUAAACUCAGGGGAGGCAGCUCUGAAAAACAUCUCUGACAAAAUGAAGGACAUACACUUCGGCAUGACAUUGACGCGCAACUCACAGGGCUUCAUGGUGUGUGCUCCCCUCUGGUCCCAACAGUGUGGAAGUUCCAUCUACAACACGGGAAUCUGUACAAACAUCAGUUACAGCUUCCGGCCUUCGGGAAUCAUCGCACCCACUGCACAAGAUUGUGGCGUCUCCAUGGACAUUGUGAUCCUGUUGGACGGCUCGAAUAGCAUCUACCCUUGGCAUGAGGUUCAGAGAUUCCUCAGCAACGUCCUCAACAAAUUCCACAUUGGGCCAAAGCAGAUACAGAUCGGCGUGCUGCAGUAUGCAGAGACGGUCGUUCACGAGUUCCACCUCGGCCAGCACAAGACAGCACGGAUGGUGAUCGAGGCCGCCAAAAACAUCAGCCGCCAGGGCGGCCGCGAGACCAAGACGGCGAUGGCAAUCCACGUUGCCUGCUCUGAGGCCUUCAGUCCGGAACGGGGUGGACGGGACGGAGCCACCAAAGUGAUGGUCGUUGUGACAGAUGGGGAGUCCCACGAUGGGCUGCAGCUCCGCGAUUCCCUGGCUGAGUGUGAGAAACGUAAUAUCAGUCGUUACGCCAUCGCGGUACUGGGCCACUACAUCCGGAGGCGCAAAGACACCGAGACUUUUAUAAGGGAGAUUAAAUUUAUUGCCAGUGACCCAGAUGAGAAGCAUUUCUUCAACGUAAGCGAUGAGGCAGCCCUGAAUGAUAUUGUGGAUGCCUUAGGAGACCGAAUAUUCGGGUUAGAAGGAACAAUUCAGCACAACGAGAGCUCGUUUGAACUGGAAAUGUCACAGGCAGGAUUCUCAGCACAUGUUCUGGAGAACGGGGUCCUGCUCGGGGCUGUCGGUGCGUACGACUGGAACGGAGCAGUGGUGAAGGAAAGUGUUCACGGUCACGUUGUCACAUCACGAGAAGCCCUGAGCCGAGAGUUCCCCAAAGCGUUGAAGAACCACGCAGCCUACCUUGGCUACACCGUGUCAUCCCUGAAACGGAGGAGCGGCCAACGUGUUUACGUGGCGGGGGCUCCCAGAUUCAAACACAAAGGCAAGGUUAUUCUCUUCAACAUGGACAAGAACGGGAACCUGACUGUUCAUCAGUCCCUGAUUGGAGAACAGAUCGGAUCCUAUUUUGGAAGUGAGAUUUGCCCAGUGGAUGUAGACGGCGACGAGGUGACAGAUGUACUGUUGGUCGCAGCUCCCAUGUACCUUGGAGCUGGCUACAAGGAAACGGGAAAGGUUUAUGUUUACAGAGUGCAGGAGUAUUCCCUCCUGUUCACCCAUACUCUACACGCCAGUCCCAAAACACAGGACGCCCGUUUUGGGUACACCCUCGUUGCGGUUCCCGACCUGAAUUAUGAUGCCACUAAUGACGUGGUUGUUGGGGCCCCAUUGGAGGACGGCCACUGUGGAGCGGUGUACAUCUAUCAUGGACAUCGGGACACCAUCCUCCCAGCGUACAAGCAGAGAAUCGCUGCCUCUGCUCUGGACCCGGGGCUGCGGUACUUUGGACGCAGCGCGGACGGACAGAUGGACGUGGAUGGAGACGGACUGAUCGACGUGGCAGUGGGUGCCCUCGGCAGAGCCAUGGUUUUCGGGAUACUGCGUGUGGUCCUGGUGAACGUUUCUAUUGAGUUCAGUCCCUCCUCUAUCAACAUGCUGCAGCGGAACUGCCAAACAAACGGCAAAGAUGUCACCUGUGUGACUGCCAUGGUUUGUUUUACAGCAAGGGCUAAGUCACCUGGACUGACCAACAACACUCUGGAUGUGUUCUACAGCAUUCUGUUGGAUGAGAAAAAGUUUGCUCCCAGAGCCCUGUUUGAUGAUGGUGAUCAGAGGCAGAUACAGAGAGUUAUCCAUAUGGCCAUCGACAGCCUCGAAUGUCAGAAGCUUCAGUUUCAUGUCAUGGACACAGCGGACUAUAUUCGACCCGUCGGAUUCACGUUGCAGUUCGGUCUGGCAGAGCAGCCCAAGGGGCCGGUUUUGGAUGACGGCUGUGAAACCACAGUCCAAAGUUGGAUUCCUUUCUUUAAAGACUGCGGAGAUGAUGACCUGUGUUUGACGGAUCUCUCACUUCAGGCACACUUGGAUAUUUCUGGAUCAAGGCAGAACCCGUACGUUGUCAGGAGCAGUCGGCAGAGAGUGUCAGUCACUGUGCUGCUGGAGAACAGGAGGGAAAAUGCCUACAAUACCAGCCUUAACAUGACCUUUUCCAGAAACCUGCUCCUCACAAGCCUCCUUGUGAAGGAGGAUGGACAGAAUAAGGUUGAAUGUCUGGUGAUGUCACCCCACCACAGAAUCUGCAAUGUCAGUUUUCCAGUCUUCAGAUCAUUGAUGCAGGUGUCCUUUCGCCUGGAGUUCGAGUUUCGCUGCACUCACUUGUUGGAUGAGGUGGAGCUGCGCAUCAGUGCUACCAGCGACAGCACCGAGAUGAACGAGACCCUCCACGACAAUGCGGUGCGGGUCUGGGCAGCGGUUCGUUACGAGGCAGAUCUCCUCCUCACCAGUGAGUCCAGUCUCCAGCGCUAUGAGGUGCAGCCAGCCCUGGAGUCAGCACACGUAGAAGUGCAGCCCGAGGUCAAGCAGAGCUUUAAGGUCAAGAAUCUUGGUUGUUUUGUGGCUGAGGAUCUGGAAGCCAGGAUCUACGUCCCGACCGUGAUCGGUGCUCACCACCACUUUGCCACGGUGAUCACCGCCUUUUUGGAGCCUAUCAGUGGGGCGAACUGUUCCGUGCAAAACGCAACAGAGCCCCUGAAGAGGAGCCGAAGCCCAGGUACACGGUUCUCCCCCAGAGAUCUCCAGCACCUGCAGAGGCUGGACUGCAGCAACAGUCUGUGCACCACAUUCACCUGCCACCUGAGGACCCUGGACAGGAACCAGGGGGUGGUGCUUCACCUCGGCUACGCACUGUACGGACAGUUCUUCACUGUGGCGAAGUUCAGAUCAAUAAAGAUCGUGACCACCUUCACCCUGGGCGUUCAGGCACCGAAGGUACUGACAGUUCCAGACACGGCUCGCCAUCGAGAGGUGAUGUUGGAGCUGCUGAAGCCAGCAGCGGUUGGGGUCUCCCUCUGGAUCAUUAUCGGCAGCACACUCGGCGGUCUCCUGCUUCUGGCUCUCAUCGUCUUCAUCCUCUGGAAGUGUGGAUUCUUCAAGAGGAAACCAAAGGAGGAGAAGGAGAAGGAGGGGGUCGCCGGUUCGGAUGACCAGGGGAAGAAGUGAAGCCUUGGCUUGGGCGGGUCCAAGCGCCGGCCAGCACCGACGCAGCCACACGCAGUCCCGUCGCGCACGGCCCCUCCGCCCUGCCCUUCCGUGAAGCUUCCUCCAACUUGCAAAUGCCUCUCGUGGGGGGAAACUGUGACACCCUGUGUAAGAACUGUUGGGACCAAGCCGGGGCCGGAAGGGGGUUGGGGGUGGGGACAAGGAAACUGCUCUGGUGGGUUGUGAGACAUGUCACAUGGCAGAUUGUUGAGGAACUGCUCUUCUCCACCCCGGGGGGCUUGCUCCCCCUGCUCCAGCCCACUCCAUCGGCCCCCUGCCACCCUUUAUCCCCCCCCUCCCCGGGUUCACACGCUUCACUGUUACCCCCCCCCCCCCCCCGUGCCCACAUACGCUGGAGGUGGUGCCCAAAGGCGGCUGUGGUGUGGGAUUGGGUGACUGGAAAAUUCCCGGUGCAGGGUUUUGACAAUUCCUUCCCCCACCCCACCCCACCCCGCCCCACCCCACCACAGACGCUGCUCGACCCGCUGAGUUCCUCCAGCAGAUUGUCUAUUGCUCCAAGAUCCCAGCGUCUGUGGUCUCCUGUGUCUCUAUGGGAAAUGAUCUGCCCAUCUAAACACUGAAAGCAAAGAGCUUCCAGCUCACUUCAAGCAGACCAGAGCCGUCCGUUCAGAUCCAAUUCCUCUCUCCCCUCUCCCCUAGUUCGUGCUAGCAGUCCAGAACCUCACCCCCGGUCCAUGCCUGUAGAGGGUGCAGAACCUCACCCCCGGUCCAUGCCUGCAGAGACCCAGAACCUCACCCCUGGUCCAUGCCUGUAGAGGGUGCAGAACCUCACCCCUGGUCCAUGCCUGUAGAGGGUGCAGAACCUCACCCCUGGUCCAUGCCUGUAGAGGGUGCAGAACCUCACCCCUGGUCCAUGCCUGCAGAGACCCAGAACCUCACCCCUGGUCCAUGCCUGCAGAGACCCAGAACCUCACCCCUGGUCCAUGCCUGCAGAGAUCCAGAACCUCACCCCUGGUCCAUGCCUGCAGAGACCCAGAACCUCACCCCUGCUCCAUGCCUGUAGAGGGUGCAGAACCUCACCCCCAGUCCAUGCCUGCAGAGACCCAGAACCUCACCCCUGCUCCAUGCCUGUAGAGGGUGCAGAACCUCACCCCUAGUCCAUGCCUGCAGAGACUCAGAACCUCACCCAUGGUCCAUGCCUGCAGAGGGUGCAGAACCUCACCCCCAGUCCAUGCCUGCAGAGACCCAGAACCUCACCCCUGCUCCAUGCCUGUAGAGGAUGCAGAACCUCACCCCCAGUCCAU